ACAAAAAAUCUCCUGCCAAACAAAUAUUGCAAGAUUGUGACUCCGCACAAAAAACAUUGACAAGUGUUGUUGAGUUGUUGGUACAUAAUCUCUCUAUCAUGACCAUUCUCAUUGAAACAACUGCUGAUCAUUCUCAGGAGAAUCAGGCUGUUGAUAUGCCUCUGGUUCAGACUGCUGAGCAAUUGCCUGCUGAUUAUCUUCCUUUUGCUAGGAGUUAUCAACUGGAUGCCUUGGAAAUGGCGAAGGGACAGAAUACCAUUGUUUACUUGGAAACUGGAUCCGGCAAAACCCUGAUUGCUAUCAUGCUUCUGCGCAGCUAUGCUCACCUUUUGCGCAAGCCCUCGACUUUUCUUGCUGUUUUUCUCGUCCCCACUGUGGUGCUGGUUUCCCAACAAGCUGAGGUUGUGCAAAUGCACACCGACUUGAAAGUUGGAAGGUAUUGGGGAGAAAUGGGAGUGGAUUUUUGGAAUGCUGCUGACUGGAAGAAGCAGCAGGAUGAAUUUGAGGUGCUUGUGAUGACACCACAAAUAUUGCUUAAUGCCUUGAGGCACAGUUUUUUAAAGCUUGAGACGAUAAGGAUCCUAAUAUUUGAUGAAUGCCAUCAUGCUAGAAGGAGACACCCUUAUGCUUGCAUAAUGACUGAAUUUUAUCACCAUCACGUGAAAGCUAAUGACUUGCAACUUCCUAGGAUAUUAGGGUUGACCGCUUCCCUUAUCAACAAUAAAGGUUCAAGUGACAGAAUAAGGUGCUGGAAUGAUAUCCGGGAACUUGAAAACCUAAUGAACUCAAAGGUAUUCACUUGCAGUAGUGAGUCUGCGAUAGCAGAGUACAUUGAAAUGUCAACUCCGAAGCUUAAGACAUAUAGACAUGUGGCUUUUCCAUGCUCGUUAUUCAGCAAAAUAUCUAUUCAGUUAAAGAGGUUGCACGAAAAGUUUAUAUGUGUUAUUGAAAAUGCAAACAUGGAGGAUUCUCAAAAGGAAAAUACAAGGCAAAGAUUAUCUAAACUAUGUUCAACAUUUUCCUUCUGUUUGACUGAACUUGGACUUUGGCUAGCACUAAAGGCGGCAGAUUCUUUAUCAUCUCAAGGAAGUGAGAUGCUUAUAUGGCAACAACUGGAUAAGUCUGGUGAGAGGAUUAUAACAGAUUUUAGCUUGGAUGUAUUUAAAGUUCUAUCUGGCUAUAUUCCUUCUGAUCCUAACUGGUCUAUAAGUGAUGACAUGGAAGCUAAUGUUGGGAAUGGUUAUCUGUCAACGAAAGUUAUCUGCCUCUUUGAUUCUCUUCUUCAACGCAGGGGCUUAAUAGAUCUUAGAUGCAUAGUCUUUGUAGAAAGGGUUAUAACGGCCAUUGCACUUUGCCGCCUAUUGAAUGUUGUGCUUCCUAGCCUAAGUGGAUGGAGAACAGAAUAUUUGGCAGGCAGCAAUACUCGACUUCAGUUACAGAGUAGGAAGGCCCAAAACAUAAUUGUUGAAGAAUUUCGCAAGGGCAAGGUGAACAUAAUUGUUGCAACAUCAAUUCUUGAAGAAGGGUUGGAUGUACAGAGCUGCAAUCUGGUGGUACGAUUUGACCCGCCAUCUACAGUACGCAGUUUUAUUCAGUCUCGAGGUCGGGCUAGGAUGCACAACUCAGAAUUUUUGAUACUGGUAAAAAGUGGCGACAAUUCUUCUAUCACCAGAGUAGACAACUACCUUUCUAGUGGCCAGGUUAUGAGGCAGGAAUCAUUGAGGCAUGCUGCACUGCCUUGCCAGCCACUUGAUACUGAAAUCUAUAAUGAAGUGUUCUACCGGGUUGACUCAACAGGAGCUGUUGUGACACUGAGCUCUAGCGUGUCUCUUAUUUACUUCUAUUGCUCUCGCCUACCCUCCGACGGGUACUUUAAGCCCCUUCCGAGAUGUAAUAUUGACAAGGAGCUGCAGAAAUGCACCUUAUAUUUUUCCAAAAGUUGUCCACUGCCUAGUAUCACUGUUCAUGGAAAUUUCAAAACACUGAAACAACUUGCGUGCCUAGAAGCAUGCAAAAAGUUGCAUAUGUUGGGAGCAUUAACGGACAAUCUUGUACCAGAUAUGGUGGAAGAAGAAGAUGCUGAAGAACUGGGUCAUCUGAAUUACGUUGAUGAACAUGAUAUCUAUGUUCCAGCAGAACUUGUUGGUCAAGGUCUUAACAGUGGUGCAAAGAGAUACUACUGUUAUCUGCUAGAGUUGGAAAGAAAUUUUACCUAUGAUAUUGAAAUUGAUAAUCUGAUGCUUGCUGCUCGUAAUGAGCUUAAAUUUGAUGAAGGCAACAACUUAGCCUUUGAACUGGAAGUUGAAAGGGGCAUUGUAAUAGUUCGCAUCAAAUAUGCUACUCCUAUAAGUCUCACUUCUGAAGAGGUUCUCAAGUGCAAGAAGUUCCAAGUAAAUAUAUUAAGUGUUCUCCAUAAUAAAAAUUAUAAUAAAUUGAAGGAGAGACUUGAUGUUAUUCACCCACCGGAAGACCUUGAUGUUUAUGACUAUCUCUUACUCCCAACUACUGGCUCGCAGCAGUCACUGUAUAUUGACUGGAGAUCUGUUGAUUCUGUUCUGUUUAGAAGUGAAAAUAUCAUCCAUGAUCAUGCAAGGUGCCCUUUGCCUAAAGACCAAUAUAAUAUUGUGUACACAAGAAGCGGUCUGGUCUGUCGGUGUGUUGUAGAGAAUUCUUUAGUCUGCACACCUCACAAUGGUUAUAUAUACUGCAUUCUGGGCACAUUAUAUGGUGUGAAUGGAAGUUCAGUGUUUAACUUAAGAGACGGAGAAUCUUCAACUUACAAAGACUACUAUGAACAAAGGCAUGGUAUCAACUUGCAAUUUGAGCGGGAACAUUUUCUUAAGGGAAGACAUAUUUUUACGGUACAGAAUCACCUUCACAAGUAUACAAAGCAAAAGGAACCAGAACAAAGCACUGCGUAUGUGGAAUUGCCUCCUGAACUUUGUUCAAUAAUCAUGUCACCUAUAUCUGUUGGCACCUGUUAUUCCUAUUCAUUUGCCUCAGCAAUUAUGCAUCGAAUAGAGUCUUUGCUCAUUGCUAGCAGCUUAAAAAAGAUGCACGCAGAUUAUUGUAUUCAAAAUGCUAUUGCAACACCUAAGAUUCCAACUAUGAAGGUGCUGGAAGCUAUUACUACUAAGAAAUGCCAGGAGAAAUUUAAUCUAGAGUCACUGGAGACUCUUGGGGACUCAUUUCUGAAAUACGCUGCUUGUCAGCAGGUGUUUAAAAUGCACCAAGAUAAACAUGAAGGCAUUCUUAGUAUAAAAAAGAAUAAAAUUAUAUCUAAUGCUAACCUAUGCAAGCUAGGCUGCAGGCGUAAACUUCAGGGUUUAAUACGUAAUGAACCCUUUGAUCCCAAGAUGUGGAUCAUUCCUGGUGAUCAGAUGGAGGCUUUUCAUGAAGUUCAACUAUCUACUACUACAAAAGUAUUCACUAAAGGAAUACGAAAAAUAAAAAGUAAAGUUGUAGCUGAUGCAGUUGAGGCAUUAAUUGGCGUGUUCCUCAGCUGUGACGGUGAACCUGCAGCUUUGUCAAUCAUGACUUGGCUUGGUAUUGAGGUUGAUUUUUUUAACAUACCAUAUAAGAGGAGCUUUUCAGCACAUCCAGAAGAGCUAAUUAACAUUAGUUAUCUCGAGUCUAUACUUAAUUACUCAUUUACUGAUGCUUCACUACUUGUUGAAGCAUUAACACAUGGUUCUUUCAUGCUACCCCAAGUUCCCCAGUGUUACCAGCGUCUUGAGUUUCUUGGAGAUUCCGUACUGGAUUACAUCAUAACAAUCCAUCUGUACAACAAAUAUCCGGGAAUGUCACCUGGAUUGCUAACUGAUCUGAGAUCAGCUUCUGUUAACAAUGAUUGUUAUUCUUUAUCUGCGGUUAAGGUUGGAUUGCAGAAAUAUAUACUCCAUGCCUCGCAAAAACUUCACCGGCAAAUAGAGUCCUCUGUUCAUAAUUUAGAUCCAUUAUCAAUGGGAUCAACGUUUGGAUGGGAGUCUGAGAACCCUCUGCCUAAGGUUCUUGGAGACAUAAUAGAAUCUCUAGCAGGAGCAAUCUUAGUUGAUUCAGGUUACCGAAAAGAUAUUGUAUUCGACAGCAUACGACCGCUUUUGGAACCCUUGGUAUCUCCCGACACCCUUAAGCUUCAACCAGUGAGAGAAUUGCAUCAGUUGUGCCAAAAGGAGAACUACGUGCUGAAAAAGUCUGUUGUGUCAUGUGAAAAGGGUGUGGCCGCUGUUACAGUCGAAGUUGAAGCCAAUGGCAUCAUACACAGAGAGUCAUGCACUGCUGCUAAUAAAGCAGAAGCCAAGAAACUUGCUUCCAAAGCUGUUUUGAAGUCGUUAAAAGAGAGCAUGUCGGCUGAACCUCACCCUACUCCUCCUCUGUCGCUUCCCAAGAGUAAAAAGAGAAAGGACGAAAACUGACAAAGCCAUGGUAAUUCAGUAAACUUCAGUACUGCCAAUUGCUUAUAUGCUGAACUUGAGUACAGCUAUCUUAUUAAAAGGAUGACAAUACUGAUGUAGUGUUUAUAUUAUGUUCAACAAUUGUAGCAAGUUUUUAGGAUGGAAAUUGUGGAUCGAUGACAGUCUUAUUAGGGGACGUAAACUGUAUAUAUGAUUUUAGAAAAUUCAUAAAGAAUUAUAAGA